CUGCCCUAGGUUCAGGGGGGAUUUUUCAAGGUAAUGGACCCGUCUCUUUCAUCUCUCUUCUUUUGUCUUUUUGCUUCUUAGGACCAUGGGAGCCUCUAAUUCCAUACCUAAGGAUUCACCUUUGGGUUGCCUUUUAAAUAACUGGGCAAAAUUUGACCUACAAGAUCUAAAGAAAAAGAGACUUAUCUUUUACUGUAAUACUGUUUGGCCUCAAUAUAAUCUGAAUGAGGAAAAAUGGCCCACGAACGGCACCCUAAGCUUUAAUGCUAUUCUUCAACUAGACUUAUUUUGCCACCGCCUGGGAAAAUGGUCUGAAAUCCCUUAUAUUCAAGCAUUCAUGGCCCUAUAUCAAGAUCCUGAACUCAGAGCGGUUUGUCGCAUGUGUCUAGCUUCCCCAACUAAAGUAGAAAAACCUACCCCUGAUAUAUUAGAUGAUGACUGCCUUGUUAGACCUAUUCCUAAGGCUCCUGCAGCUCCUGCCGAAUUAACCUCUCCUGAGGAUUCAAAGACCAAAAUGCCCCCUCCCUAUGACAGGGAACCUAAAAUUGAGGCCUCAAUCCCCAUAAGCCCUACAGGUCGUACGAGGAGUGGGACCUCAUAUAAUACUGGACAUUUCCCCCUCCGUGAGGUAGCAAAUAGGGAAAUGGGGACCAUUCGAGUCCAUGUGCCAUUUUCAAUGUCGGAUAUGGCUCAACUUAAGACACAACUGGGUAGAUAUUCAGAAAAUCCUUCCCAGUUUAUUGAUGGCUUUCAACAGCUUGUCAUGAUGUUUGAGUUGACUUGGCAGGAUAUUUAUAUUAUUCUUACUCAUUGCUGUGCUACAGACGAAAGAAAUCGUGUUUGGGCGGGAGCACGUGAAUUUGCAGAUGAAUUACAUACUAGAGACAGACAUAAAUAUCCAGUAGGAGGCACUGCGGUGCCAGAUACAGACCCCAAAUGGGAUUAUAGGGAUGAAGAAGAUCGAGGACAACGGAAUCACAUGGUUACUUGUUUAAUAGAGGGAAUGAAGAAGGGAUUUACAAAGCCAGUCAAUUUUGACAAACUCCGGGAAAUAACUCAGGGAACAGAUGAAAACCCUGCCCUUUUUCAGGGUAGAUUAGCCGAAGCUAUUCGAAAAUACACUAAUCUAGACCCUACUUCUCCAGAAGAGAUUACUAUUCUAAACAUGCACUUCAUUAGUCAAUCUGCCCCAGACAUACGCCGAAAACUGACUAAACUGGCCUUAGGUCCUCAAACACCUGUACAGAGACUUUUGGAGGUUGCUACUCAGGUGUUUAAUGAUCGGGACUUGACUCUUAAACAGGAUAAGGACAGAAGGGCAAAGUUACAGGGUAAGGUACAGGCUCACAUUUUAGCAGCCGCCAUUGAGGAUAUGCCACAGAAACAGGCUAACCAGGGGCCCAAGUCUCAGACUACCAUUGCCGGAGGCUCAGGUAAGUCCCCUUGUUACCGUUGCGGUCAAUUUGGACACUGGAGCAGACAGUGCCCAAGAAAGGAUCUUCCUCCUGGGCCUUGUCCUCUCUGCAAGCGAGAGGGACAUUGGAAGCGUGAUUGUCCUCGCCUCCAGAGUGAGGAGGGGCCAAGAACACACUUCCCUGCCCGGAGAUGUGAUCCUGAGGACUCCGCCUGAAGGGGCCCAGAGGCCAGUCCGGCUCCCAUCACCAUCGAACAGACUGAGCCCCGGGUUACUCUGGAUGUGGAAGGUAAGCAGAUCAAUUUUCUUAUUGAUACGGGAGCCACUUACUCUGUACUUGUUUGCCACUCUGGCCCAACUCGUAAGUCCCAUCAAAAAAUUGUCGGAAUAGAGGGUGACUCUAAGUUUUGUUACCAAACUUUUCCUUUAAGUUGCCAAUAUCGGACUCAGGUGUUUUCCCAUACUUUCCUAGUCCUACCUACUUGUCCUACUCCACUAUUAGGGCGAGACUUAAUGAAAAAAUUAGGAAGCCAAUUUAUUCUAACACGUGAGGAGGAUGGCUUGUUUGUCGCUCUGUUUCCAAGCUCUGUUGUUUCCCAGAUACCCCCUAAUAUUCCACCCCAUAUAUGGGAAGCAGUUGAUCCCCAGGUUUGGGUCUGCUCUCUUCCAGGAAGAGCUAUAACAGCACAGCCAGUCUCUAUUACUCUGCGGGACUCUUCUCUUGUACCUCAUAAGAGGCAAUACCCUUUAAAGCCAGAGGCAAUUGAAGGAUUACAACCCCUUAUAUUAAAAUUCCUCAGUCAUGGCCUCCUUAAACGAUGUCAAUCUCCCUAUAACACUCCUAUCUUGCCUGUAAAGAAGCCAAAUGGAGAUUAUCGUUUGGUCCAGGACCUCCGCAUAAUUAAUGAGGCCACUGUUCCCAUCCACCCCAUCGUGCCUAACCCAUAUACUAUACUUUCCCAGAUCCCAGAAAACUCAAAUUGGUUUACAGUCCUGGACUUAAAGGAUGCUUUCUUUUGCAUUCCUCUGGAUGAAACUUCCCAACCUUUAUUCGCCUUCGAAUGGAAGUUUCCUAAUGAAGCUCUUCCCAUCCAGCUGACGUGGACAGUCCUCCCUCAAGGUUUUCGGGAUAGCCCCCAUUUGUUGGAAGUGCCCUAGGCAAGGAUCUGCGGGAUGUCCAACUCCCUGUUGGUGGUUUAAUACAAUAUGUUGAUGAUAUUCUUAUUUGUAGUCCCACAAAGGAGAAUUCUGACCACAAUACUGUCCUUGUCCUUAAUUUCUUAGCCCAACGGGGAUAUCGAGUGUCCCCACAAAAGGCACAAAUUUCACAACAGCAAGUGACCUAUCUGGGCUAUGAUUUAACCCCAGGACACCGGGCACUUUCUAUAAAUAGGAAAAAGGCUAUCCUCGAACUUGGACCACCAAAGACAAAAAGACAACUUCGCACUUUCCUGGGUAUGGCAGGAUUCUGUCGUUUAUGGCUUCCUCAGUUCGGGG